AUGAAUUAUCACAAGUAUUUUUUUUUAGAUACAGUGACGUUGCUUUGGAUAUUAUGAGAAUGCAAUUUACGCAUGCCUUACGUUGAUCAUAAAACAAAAUUUUCUCCAAGCUCCCUGUAUAAAUUCUUUAAUCCAAUCUCUUACCAAUGCAACCCAGCUAAAGAAGACUCACUCUGACCCUCUCUCUCUCUCUCCUUUCUUCUCGCUUCUCUCUUCUCUCUUCUCAUACAUCAAUAAUGCAGAAAGCAAUAAGACCAUAUGAAUCAUCGUGGACGAAGACCAUACCGGGCAAUAGCAUCUUCCGUCCAAAGGCUGAAGAUAAACCAUCAUCAUCAUUAUCAUGGCUAACAUCGUCAUCAUCACCACAAAAGCUAUCUUUAAGCAUUAAGGAAUCAAGCAACGUAUUGGUAAUGGAGAAUGCUGUGGUGGUGUUUGCUAGGAGAGGCUGCUGCAUGGGACACGUGGCCAGACGACUGCUACUUACACAUGGCGUGAACCCACUGGUAGCUGAGGUUGAUGAUGAAGACGAAAAUAUCAUCAUAAGUGAAUCGGGUAAAACCAUGAUUAAUAAAGAGAAGUUACCAGUCAUGUUCAUAGGAGGAAAGAUGUUUGGAGGGUUGGAGAAUCUGAUGGCUGCUCAUAUUAGUGGUGAUUUAGUGCCUACUCUCAGACAAGCGGGGGCAUUAUGGCUUUGAUUGAUGAUGUU